AUGACAAGCGAACGCACUUUCAUUGCGGUGAAGCCUGACGGUGUUCAGCGGGGUCUGGUCGGAGAGAUCCUCCAGCGCUUCGAGCGUAAGGGAUACAAGUUGGUGGCGCUCAAGCUUCUGCAGCCAUCGGCUGAGCAGGCGCAGCAGCACUACAUUGACCUCGCGUCGAAGCCCUUCUACAAGGACCUCGUCGCUUAUUUCUCCUCCGGCCCCAUCGUCGGUAUGGUGUGGGAGGGCAAGGGCGUCGUCAAGGGCGGCCGCACACUCCUCGGCGCCACGAACCCCGCCGACUCCCUCCCGGGCACCAUCCGCGGCGACUUCGCCGUCGACGUGGGCCGUAACGUCUGCCACGGCUCUGACUCUGUCGAGAGCGCGCAGCGCGAGAUUGCGUUCUGGUUUAAGCAGGAGGAACUCGUUGCCUGGACAUCGCACUCCGCUAAGCAGAUCUACGAGUCCGCAUAA